GUAAAUUAUAAAAACGUUUCAGAAGUGAGCAAAGGUCACGGCUGUCGGCUCUGCUUAUCAGUCCCUGUAGCGCCGGGUGGUGGGGAAACUCCCCAGGAAUGCCUUUUCAGUGAGGUUGGCUUCAGCAGAUCUGCUUAGACUGCCUUGUACUUUAGACUGUCCUGCUUUCAAGCUGACCUGUGGGAGAGCCUUGCACAGAGUAGGACCCCUGAUCUGGCUGUGCCUAGUCUUGGGCAGAAGAGAGGACUCCCUCCACCUUGCUCUCUGGGAUCCUUCUAGCUGGAGAUGUCGACACCUGAAUCCAGGACUAUCCGAAUGCAAAACUUGAGCUCUUCUGCUGAGCUAUGGAGCUGUGGAAGAAAAACUGACAAUUUAAUGGUGCAUGAUGCAGUAAUAAAGAUGCUUGUGUGGUGGGGCUUAAUCCGUUAAAGAGGAGAAAAGAGCGUUGAAGUUAUCAGCAUUCAGACGGCAAGACAGGGGCUUAUGUAUAUGCAAAGCCUCAGAGAGGCUGAAGAAGUUUACUGACGGUAUUGCAGAAGGAUUCUGACAGGCCCCUCACAUCUUUGGCAGAGUUGUGGCUUGAAACCUUCUAAAGAGCUGGAUUCCGAGAUGCAUUAGUGUUUAGAGGCCUCCUUUGACUUAAGGUAUGAUGUGAAUAUGCGUUGCUUGGCGGCUCGGGUCAACUAUAAGACUUUGAUCGUCAUCUGCAUUCUCUUCACCCUGGUCACGGUCCUGCUGUGGAAUCGAUGCUCCAGCGGCAGAGCAGCGCCCUUCCUGCGUAACCCGGGCAGUGCCUUCCGAGCCGACGGGUUAGAAAAGCGGGCAGCCGCUGCCUCGGAGAGCAACAACGAUGUGAACGGCCCGGCCAAGCAGCAGAGCGAGGAAGCGUCUCCUCAGGAGCAGCAGAAGGCACCCCCGGUGGUCGGCGGCUUCCACGGGAACAAGAUCCUGGGGCUCAAGUACGAAGAGAUUGACUGUCUGAUCAACGAUGAGCACACCCUCAAAGGCCGGAGGGAAGGGAACGAGGUCUUCCUGCCGUUCUCCUGGGUGGAGAAGUACUUUGACGUCUAUGGGAAGAUCGCCCAGUACGAUGGCUACGACCGGUUUGAGUUCUCCCACAGCUACUCCAAGGUGUAUGCUCAGAGAGCGCCUUACCACCCGGAUGGCGUCUUCAUGUCCUUCGAGGGCUACAAUGUGGAGGUCCGGGACAGAGUGAAGUGCAUCAGUGGCGUGGAAGGUGUGCCGCUCUCCACGCAGUGGGGGCCACAAGGCUAUUUCUACCCCAUCCAGAUUGCCCAGUAUGGGCUCAGCCAUUACAGCAAGAAUCUGACCGAGAAAACGCCCCACGUCGAGGUGUACGAAACGGCCGAGGAGAGGGACCAGGGCAGCCGGCCGGGGGAGUGGGCCGUCCCCAAAGGCUGCUCCGUCACGACUGUGCCCGAGGCGUCCAAGUCCACGAACGUCAAGCACUUUGUUGUUCCAGAAAAUUCGGAGGGGGCAUCUUUGCAGCUGGGGAAUGCAAGGGACUUCAUUAUUUCCUUCGACCUCAAAUUGGUCACCAACGGGAGUGUUUCAGUGGUCCUCGAGACGACGGAGAAGAACCAGCUCUUUACGGUACACUACGUCUCAAACACUCAGUUGAUAGCUUUUAAGGAGAGAGACAUUUCCUAUGGCAUCGGGGCCAGAACUAGUUGGAGCACCCUCACGCGGGACCUUGUCACGGACCUGAGGAAGGGAGUUGGUCUCUCCAACACGAAAGCCGUCAAGCAGACCAAAAUCAUGCCCAAGAGAGUGGUGAGGUUGGUGGUGAAGGGGAAGGGGUUCCUGGACAAUGUCACCAUCUCCACCACAGCCCACAUGGCAGCUUUUUUUGCCGCCAGUGAUUGGCUGGUGAGGAACCAGGACGAAAGGGGUGGGUGGCCAAUCAUGGUGACUCGGAAACUGGGGGAGGGCUUUAGGUCUUUGGACCCAGGCUGGUACUCGGCCAUGGCGCAAGGGCAGGCCAUUUCAACGCUGGUCAGAGCCUACCUGCUGACAAAAGACCACGGCUUUCUCAAUUCAGCCCUGCGGGCAACAGCUCCCUACAAGCUUCUGUCGGAGCAACACGGAGUGAAGGCCAUCUUUAUGGGCAAGCACGACUGGUACGAGGAAUACCCAACGUCCCCCAGCUCCUUUGUGUUGAACGGAUUCAUGUACUCUUUAAUUGGAUUGUAUGACUUAAAAGAGACGGCGGGUGAGAAGCUAGGGAAAGAGGCCAAACUGCUCUAUGACCGGGGCAUGGAGUCCCUGAAAGCGAUGCUUCCGCUCUACGAUACGGGCUCGGGAACGAUCUAUGACCUUCGGCACUUCCUGCUUGGGGCAGCUCCGAACUUGGCCCGGUGGGACUACCACACCACCCACAUCAACCAGCUCCAGCUCCUAAGUACUAUCGAUGACUCUCCUAUAUUCAAAGAGUUUGUUAAGAGGUGGAAGAGCUACCUUAAAGGCGGCCGGGCAAAGCACAACUAAGCAGAGCUGACAGCCCAAAUGGCGUGUCCCCGCUCUCUGCUGUGCUCAGGAGUUGGUACCUCCUUAAAGCCAAGCAAAGGGACUUCUGGAAAGUGGCGAGGGCACUCUCUGGGGAGGCUUCCAUUCUGGAUGGACUCUGAAAAGUGGCCCUCAAUGCCCCCGUCGUCUUUAAAACUGCCUUCCAGUGGCUGGAUACUCCAGAGUAGGGAGGUGAGAGUACAAGGCUGCAUCCAACGGAAGGGCACAGUCCAAGCUUAGUGAACUGACCGACUUAUCCUCGGUGAUCCGUAAUGGCCAGGAGUGGCUUGUCCUAAUGUCCUGGGAAGCAGAGGCAGCUGUGCCUCCCUUGGUGUGGCGCCCCCCCCCCAGCCCAUUAGGACGAGCCGCGGCUGCUAAUGACAUGUACACUACAGUACAAUAUGUGUGUACCUGUCUGUGUUCCCCUUUUUAGGAAAAAAUAAUUCCAGGAGCCUUGCUGGUAUUUGUAGUCCAGCGUUUGGCUGAAAAAAUUAGAAUAUGGCUUUGUUUAAAAAAGAAAAAAGGGAAAUUGAACUUUCCUACAUUUGAGGUGGAAAAUAUUGUGUCCUAGAGAGUGGAUCAUCUCUUUAAAAGAAAAAAUAGUUUUUCAUAAUUCCCAACCCCCCACCCCACCCCACCCCCAGCCAUGGGUUGGAAAGUUCUGAGCUGUUGGUUUAAAAUUCUUCAUCUUGAGAAAGACUUUCCAUGUUGGUGUUUUUUUCAAGACAGAUGGGGAAAUGGUGCUGCCCCUGAAGGGAGGGAGGAUUUGCCAGACGGCUCGGCGAAAGCCCCCUGGGCCGGGUGGGUUGCAGGAGGGGCCCGCUCCCUGUGCCUUUGGGCAACUCCCCACUUCUUCGCCUUCGCAGGUUUGGGGGCAGUGGCCCACUGGCAGCUCUGAGCCUCUUGUUCUUUAAGCACAACUACACGGGGGACCAGUGGACUGCACAAACACGCGGCCAUCUUGCCUAGAACGGGUGCCGCGGCCACAUUCUGAAGCGUCCGCUGCUCCUCCCCACUUCAUGCUUGAGAUCUCCGUUCUAGUGGGAGUAGAUGGUUCUUGUUCUCUGUCUCACUGGAUUUCUUCUUACACCACUUGGUUCCUUCGGCCUGUGUCAUCUGUUGCGCUGGGCCCCAGUUAUCUGGCGGCGGUGGGGAGGGGAACCCUUGGUUUUUCCAAGUAGAGUGGCAAUGGUGAGGUCUUCCUGCAGUGAUUUUGCUGUGAAACUGCUCCAUCAUUAUUUAUUUUUUGGAAAGCCAAUCGAGCGUUUGUAGAUUACUGUUUUUCCUCGGCUUCCCACUAGCUAUCCAGCUCCAUGGCACCAGCUUCUUCGUAGAUGGGGUUGUUGCCCCAAUAAAGACUGGUCGGUGGGUGGUCAGUUGUGUAAGAGGAGCAGAUCUCUGCUGCUCCCCUCCAUCGCAGUCAAUGCCCCUGUCUCGGAGGGCAGACACUCGCGGUACGGUCCUCUCUGACUCCGCUCCUCUCUGCUCCAGGCUGUUCAUGGAGCUUCUGCUGACGGGAGAACCUGGGGGUGGGGGUUUGCUCAGAGGGGAAUUCGCAGCUGCCUGCAGUCUCCUCCUCCAGCCUCUCUGGUUAGGAGGCACAUCCUGCAUUUGGCAGGCCUCUCUGGGUUUUCCAGUUGCUGAGAAGCAGGAGGCCGGAGAGCUCUAAGCCGGCGGGUGUGCAGGUUCUGAUGUCUGGAGAUGUCUGAGGAGUUGGAAGGGGCCCUUCCCCACCAGGCUCCCAUCGAGAGGGGUGCCUUCCUGACCUGCAGAAGCCGCCUCUUCUGUCCAGCACACUUGUCCAUGGUCAAUAUUUUGGCAAGUGCUUCACCAGGAGUCAUGAGCAGUUCAUCACCCUCUUUAAAUAGUAUGGCACUUUUUGAGCAUGAAAUCCUGAACACUAAAUGCAUUGAGUAUAUCUUCUGGGUCCCCCCUCCCCACUUUUUUUCUUCUUCUCACCUUGCAACAUGCAGAAUCUCUGCAGGCUGCACUUCCACAGUCAUGUGGGCAAACACUUGAGACCUCCGUGUCCAAAGGUGUUAGGACUGCAUCACCCGUAUCUCUCUCUGGAGGAGGGCAAGGUCACCUUUGGAGCAGCUGUCAAAAGGUUUCCCAGCUUCCUUCUUUCUCCACAGUAUAUGUGCUCCGUUUCUACUUUAUGCUUCCAUGCCAAGCUGAGAGGAGGUUUUUAGGUCUUUGAGAGGGGCGGGGGGAAUAAUCCAGCUGUAGGGCCUAGUCCAGUAGAGGUUUGGGGAAACAUCUGGAAUUCCCAGAGAGCAGCUGCACCUUCUUAGAAGCAACUGCCAUGUUGCCUCCUUGACUCACGUUCCCUUCCAGCCAAGAGGGACUUUGUGCCUUUCCUGAGUAAUAUGGCCUUGCAGCCUUCAGUGCUUCUGUACUUGGUUUGUGAAUGGAUUGGUGUUGGGGGGAAUGGGAAAACAGGCACGACAGAGAGGAAGUUAGUGGCAUCUGCAUAAGCAGGUCAGAUUCAGGGGGAUGCAGCAGCCUAAACACCCAGCCAUCUUUGAGGGUGUCACUGUUUCCUCCUUUUGUAAUUGGCUGGCAUAGCGAAGGGGGGGUCUAAGGAGCCACAGAUUGCUGGAGCUGGCAGGUGUGUCUGUUGUUAAGCCUUGGAAGUGCAUCCUUGCCAAUGAUACCAAAGUGGUUUCGCAAAGAGAUUUUAAACAGCGCUUCCUCCUGAGCCACUGAUGGCUUGUGUUGGAGCAGGACCCGAGUUGUGUGGCAAAUUGUGGACAAAUUGUGGAUGUGGAGCAGCCGGUACAAAGUUGUUGAAGUGUGGUGUUUGGGUUUGUUUGUUUUUGUUUGCUUUUGCAAACUUUGCAUUGGUGAUGCGUUAGUGCCUUAACCAUGUGGCCAUAACUUCCCAUUGUUUCUGUUGAAAAGUGAUAUAUAAAUAACAUCGAAGUCUGAAAUCGGCAGAGAAGUGGCAUUGAGCAUUCUGUGACUAUAAUACCUCAUGCUGGCAUUCUGAGGGCUUCCAGGCUUGCAGAUUUGGCCUCAGUUGGCACACGGAACAAAUGAGUAUUUGGAAAAACUGCCAUCUCCAGUGGUGGGUGCAGCCACACUUUCCCAGGACUGUCCCUCAGCAGCUGCUCCUAGGGGGUUGUGUGUGCCCGUGAUCAUCUGCAGUCACAGUGACCAGUGAAGAGAGUGACUGGUGGGUCCUGGUGAUCAGAAGGGAAGCAGCCGGCUCUGGAGCAGCCUUGGUGGGGUCCUCUGAGGAGCAAGGGUCUCAUCCCUUUCUCUCCAAUGCUGCUUCUGUGCGGAGCCUGUGCAGACAUGAUGUUCUGUGCGUGGCUCGAAGGAGGGGAGCAGGCUGCUGCCUUGGGUGGCCCACCCCCAUUGUUUUUGGAACAGACUAUGGGGCACAGAUGUUGCCGGUAACUGUGGUCAAAUUCAAACACAAGUUUGAAGCAGGUUUGCAAACCUGGCUUAAAGAUGGCCAUGAUCUGCAUUGACUUUGGUGCAAGCCUAACGCCGUGCCAUGGUCGGCUCCAAAAAGGGAAAGGGAUGGAGGAGGAGGAGGAGCCAGAUGCCGGGUCUGCACUAGGCCGUGGGGUUAGCUUUUCUCCCUUUGUGUGCAGAUGUAUGGCCGAGCUGUGGGCAAGGGUGGAAUUCCAAGGGGAUAAAAUCACGUUGACUGUUGCAAGUUCUUCAUUUUGAAAUGAAGGGGGCUGGGGAGAGAGUUGGGAUAGAAGAGGACAUGCGAUGACAUGGGUGCCGAAUUACUGGAAUUCAGAGAGCUAAACUGAUGGAUGCCUUUAUGUUCCUUUUUGUUUGCAUUCCUGUGUGCAAAUGUUGUCGCCUCGCAAGCCACACGGUGCAUGUUGGGGGACGCAGAGCAGUGGCGCCCAAGCACAACCGUCGUGAGCAGCUGUGCCAGGUCUCUCCCCCCCCCCGUUUCCCUUUGGACCCUUUCACCAAAGGCUGCUGUUCCACCCACCUUGCAGUCGUCCUUUCCCCUUCCUCUUCCCCGCCCCUUUUACAUGUGGGAUUUACACCAUGUGUUUAAAUAUGCAAUAAAUUGUUUACAGGCCGCCCUUGGGAGGGCGCGGAGUCCUUUGUAAAUCUGUACAGACUUUGUGGUUUAAGCACAAUGUGCAACCGGCUCGUUUUCUACACAGCCAGACAUGAUUUUUUGCAGUGGGAAUGGUCCUAUUAUGUUUAUAUAUACAUAUAUAAAUAUAUAAAUAUAUAUAUUAAAAAGUAAGCAGAUCGACAUUUGUGCUUCACGUAAAGCUGCUUUAUAAAAUAAAGUUUUUAAUCUUAA